AUAGAAAUCUAAAAAUAAUUCUUCCUGAUGCUUGUUUAAGAGAUAAUGUAAUUGCGGAUUCCCCAAAAUCAGAUCUUAAUUCUUCUCAAGAUAUAUGCCAUGUCGUCGAUAACACUAUUG